CUCUGGCUGGCUGGCAGUGAGAGCUACCAUACUGAUCUGAGGAAGCCACAUGGCAGAAUGGGAGCUGUCCUUCGUCCCAAAAGAAGUCCACAUGUUUGCUGGCCCAAUCCAUGUAAGCACCAGGGAGAAUGUCAGAGAGUUGAGGAGAAAUCACCCUGCAUCUGCAAGCCUGGCUUCACUGGGCCAUUCUGUCAAGAUCACUUUUUCCCCAGAUGUGGUCCUGAAGCUCACAUGUGAGGAAGAUCACAUGAAGAUGAUGGUGAGGAAGGAAGCAUUUAGCUUAUUAAGAAUCCCCUUGGCACUUGUCCACUUGAAGAACAGCACUUGCAAGGUGUCAGAAAAAGAGGAAGGGGGAGCGACUUUCUUUGCAGCCACUCUCACUGGCAAGAACCAUACUGUAUGUGGGUCAGUAAUUCAGCAAAACACAUCACAUGUAUCUUACUCCAAUGUGAUAGAGUCAGACAGGGAAGUCCAGAGUGUGAUCUCCAGGAGUGUCAUUCUGAGGUUGAACUUCACCUGUGUCUAUGCCUAUGAGCAGGUUGUUGGGCUUCCCUUCUCCCUCACUGCCAUUGACACGCAGGUGCAGUUCAUUGUCAAAGAAGGGAAGUUCAAUGUCACCAUGAACCUGUACAAGACCUCCUCUUACAUGGAGCCCUACCAGGAGCAGCCUGCUGUCCUCCCAGUAACGGAGACCCUCUAUGUCCUGCUGCAGCUGGUAGGGCAGAACUUGCUGCGAUACUUCCUCCUGAGCAUUAAGGACUGUUGGACCACCCCAACUGCAGACCCCAACCAGGAAGUGCGGCACCAGCUUAUCUGGAAGGGGUGUCCACAUGAUGAGACAGUGACAUACAUCAAUGCUAUUGGAAAUAGCACCAUGGCAAAGUUCAGCUUCCUGCUGUUCAAGUUCACCAACUACUCUCAGGUGUUCCUGCACUGCCAAGUUCAGCUGUGUCAUCCUGAUGGCCCUGAGCCCUGCAUCAGGGAAUGUCCUAGGAAGUUCAAGAGGAAAAGGUCUCUUGAGGAUGACUACAGGAAGAUUGUCUCUUAUGGACCCAUCCAUCUUCUGGCCUCUCCACUCUCUGGAGCACAGGACAUUGACUCUAGUAGAGAACGACAGGAUGUUUGGGCAGCACACCUCUGGAUUCCUGGUGCUGCAGUAAUGCUGUGUGCGGUUGGUCUCUCCGUUCUGGUUGCUGUAGUCAUAGUUAUGAAGAAACGAGUGAUAUAAACACAGUGCCAUUUCCAAAUAAACCUGACAAUAGCUAA